UGAGGAAGAAAGAUGGUUGCGAGCACCCGUGUACAGAAGCUCCUAAAACGGUAUAAACUCGCAAUCGCGGCCGGUUUAGCGAUUUUGCUGAUCCAGGGGCUGGUGGUAUGGAGUCUGCGGAGUCUUGAGGAGGGAGAGGCUGAGCGGAAGCACAGGCGAUCAAAGUUGCCCAACCACAAUGGGCAAGACCACAAAAUGAACCCUGUGGCUCAAAACAGCCUAUCUGGAGCAAACCACAGCCAGUGGAAGCAGCGCCUGGAUCGGCCCACUGUGACCAGGAUUAUCAGAAAUGGGUCUAGACGGAGAAGCAAGCCCUCUUUGAAGGAUAAGAGUCUUGGUGGGCCAGAUGAUGGAGUGGUUGUGGAAAAAGUUGGACACUACGAUCCCUCUAGCAGCCGUAACUUCAGCGAGUCUCGGGCAGGCGAAAUAGCUAAAAUCCAUCUAGUGGCUCUAGGAGAACCAGGCAGCGUUGAGGGUGCUCCUCAAAUUCAAAGUAAUAACUUUGUCCCCAAAUGUGAGAUCUCAGGCAAGGACGCCCUAUCUGCCCUCCACCGUGCGGGUUCACGACAAUGUAAACAAGAGAUCGCCAACAUCGUAUGCCAGCACCAAGCAGGACAGCUCAUGCCACAGUCUCUGCCUCAGUUCUGUUCACAGCGUGUAAUUUCCAGUGCUGUCCAGAAUGCAGAUUUCGAUACUGACCUCUCCAAGGUGGAGAACCCUGUCAGGGUGGUAUUUGUGCUGGUGGUUCACGGACGAGCAGUCCGACAGCUGAAGCGUCUCCUCAAAGCCAUCUAUCACAAAGACCACUUUUACUACAUCCAUGUGGACAAGCGUUCAAACUACAUGCAUCGGGAGGUGCUGCAGAUAGCGGAGCUUUACCCCAACGUGAGAACCACACCCUGGCGUAUGGUCACCAUCUGGGGAGGGGCCAGUCUGCUGAAGGCAUACCUGCGCAGCAUGCAUGAUCUGCUCUCAAUGCCGGACUGGAAAUGGGACUUCUUCAUCAACCUCAGCGCCACUGACUUCCCCACAAGGACCAACGAUGAGCUGGUGGCGUUUCUCUCCCAGAACCGUGACAAGAACUUCCUAAAGUCUCACGGCAGAGAAAAUGCAAGGUUCAUUAAAAAGCAGGGUUUGGAUCGCCUGUUCCAUGAAUGUGACAACCACAUGUGGCGUCUAGGUGAGCGCACCAUCCCUGAGGGGCUGGAUGUGUCUGGAGGCUCGGACUGGUUCUCCCUCACACGGAGGUUUGUGGAAUAUGUGGUGAACUCUCAGGAUGACCUGGUGACGGGGCUCAAGCAGUUUUACACCUACGCUCUUCUGCCUGCUGAGUCUUUCUUUCACACUGUACUGGGAAACAGCCACAUGUGUGAGACUCUUGUGGACAAUAACCUGCGUGUGACCAACUGGAACAGGAAGCUGGGCUGUAAGUGCCAGUAUAAGCACAUAGUGGACUGGUGCGGCUGUUCACCUAAUGACUUUAAACCAGCAGACCUCAUUCGAAUACAGCAGCUGACACGGCCCACAUUCUUUGCCCGUAAAUUUGAGUCCACUGUGAACCAAGAGGCCAUAGAGAUUCUGGACACUCAUUUGUACGGGCAGUACCCGCCAGGUACAGUGGCACUGAAAGCAUACUGGGAGAGUCUGUUCGAGCAUGCUGAUGGGGUCUCGUCACUGAAUGAUGUGGCUCGUACUGCAUACUCAUCUUUCUUUAGACUGGCCCUUCGUAGACAGGAGAACACUCAAAGCAUUACAGACACCUGCCGGUUCGAGCCCAUUGGCUACCCAAUCUCUGUGCACCUGUAUUUUUAUGAUGACCGUUUCCAAGGUUACCUGGUGAGGCAGGAAGUGCAGAAUGUGGCUGGAAGGUCAAGGGAGAUGCUGGAGGUGUGGGCUGUUCCCCAGGCAACACUACAGCUGGAGCACAACCUUCAUGAGUUUGAGAGACUCAAACACCUUGAGGUUGGAACCGAAUGGGAUCCAAAGGAGCGAAUCUUCCGUAACUUUGGCGGUGUGAUGGGACCCCUGGACGAGCCGGUGGCUGUUCAGAAGUGGGCUCGCGGUCCCAACCUUACAGCCACCAUAGUGUGGAUCGACCCAGCACACAUAGUUGCAGCAUCCUAUGACAUCAGCAUAGAUGUGGAGGCAGAGUUCACUCAAUACAAGCCGCCCCUGCAGCGCCCUCUCAGGCCUGGAGUGUGGACGGUGCGUGUGUUGCGGCUGUGGGAGCGAGUAGCAGAAGCUCGCUUCCUGAUCAUGCCUCUGGCCUUCAAGGGACGAGAGCCACUACGCACAGAAGACCAUGGCUGGAUGCAUGCAGGUCCACCAGGAAACGUAUACUUGGAGCAAAGCUUUCAGCAGCUCUCCCAUGUGUUGAAGCUGCCGCCCAGUGAGCCCGCCCUACAGGAGGCACAGAAGAAGAUCUCCCUAGUGGGCAAGCCGCUGGAGGCCUGGGUGGACAGUUCUGUUGGGGCCUUCUGGGUCACCGGAAAUACGUGCUCUGAGCAGACCUCUUUAUGUCCCACCAUAGGACUCUGCACUAUGACCUCUUGGAGCUCCUUGUCCCCAGACCCCAAAUCAGAACUGGGGCCUGUCAAAAGUAAUGGUCGCAUUAGGUAGCCCAUGAGAACUCGAACAAUCGGAGGAGAAUGGUGAAGGGCCUGAAGGACAGUCCAUAAGAGUGAUGUUUACGAGUUGUGGUCUUUGAGAUCAUCCCAUUACUAAUCGUUGAGGUUUAAGCAACUAGUUGAGGGUGAAUCUACCUGAGAAGGUAGAUACAUUUGCACAAGAAGACUGCCAGACAUUGUAGGAGCCUUAUUCAAUUGUCACACAGAUCCGUUGUUACAAGGUUCUGAGUCUUAUUAGCACAUAUUUUACAGUGUGGGUUUAUGCUACAAAGACCCAAAUCAGAACAAUUUGACAAUUUUAGGGGCCAUGCACACAGGACACUUUUAUUUUUCUUCUUCCCCAUUUAAAAAAAGCUUGAUGGAUCCCAACAGAAUGAAAUCACACACAAGUUAUUAUUAUAAUUUUUUAACUGUUUUAAACUUUAACUUUAAAUGCGAAGUCUUAAAAACGUGGUCCUCAAGGUGCAGGAUGCAAAAUGUGUCAGAAUGGUUAAAGAUAUAUAUCUAGCGUACACUAAAUGGAACAAAACGCAGGUGUCUCCUAAACGUUUUAAAUGUUAUAUUUUAAACUUUAACCAAAGUCUCAAAAAUGUGGUGCUCAUGAUGCAAGAUGCUGAAAAAACAACAAAAUGUGUCAUGACAGUCAAAUAUAUAUAUUUAGUGUACACUAAAUGGAACAAAACGCACGUGUCUCAUAACACGUUUUAAUUAUUACUUUAAACUUCAAGCAAAGUCUCAAAAAUGUGGUGCUCAUGACACAAGAUGCUGAAAAACAGCAAAAUGUGUCAUGACAGUCAAAGAUAUAUAUCUAGCUUACACUAAAUGGGACAAAAUGCAGGUGUCUCAUAACACAUUUUAAUUAUUACUUUAAACUUCAAGCAAAGUCUCAAAAAUGUGGUGCUCAUGACGCAAGCAACAGAAACGAUUGCUGAUUUUAUAAUGAAGUAAACAUUGUUUCAAAAUCUUUAAGUAUUCAAGACAAGUAAACAGUCCAUAAUAAAAAAAGAACAAAAACAAAAGACAAACAUUAAAUUAAGGGUACAUCCAAACUUAUAAGUUUCUGUAUUCUGUUUCCUAAUGUCACUGUUUUCAAAAAGUAUGCGUUCAUUUAGAGUGUUUUUGAAACUGAAAACGCUGUUCCAAUGUGGAUGAGAGGCGUAAAUAAAGCGAAAUCAAUAUGGUUUUUAAAUUAAAACAUAUUAGUGCGAACAUGAAAACCAGUGCUUGAAUACUUCAUACUACUGUUGAAAACGUAUUUAAAAAGUAAAUAUUCAAACGUGUAUCUGCAUUACAGCAAGAGCACACGCACACACAAAGAAACCACAUGUCUAGUUUCUCUCUCUACUCUUUCCUUUUUAAAUUGCACCAUUCUUUUAUGCUUAAAAGUAAUUCGAUUACAGUUACUAAUUACUUUGUCAUUUGAUUACAUCCAAGAAGACAACAUAAAAUGUACCGAUCUAGUGCAUGUUUGCAUUUAAACUACAAGUAAAAUAACAGCGAAGAUGGGUGCAAGAACAUGUCCGUGUGAAUGGCCCUUUUAUUCUUUAUUACAAGAAAAUCAAGCAGUGCACAUUAUUUUCCUCUCUAAAACAGUGGCCAAAACUCUUAUUUAAAAGUGUUGGAAGUAAGUCGCUGGAGUCCUCUGGCUGUAUCGCUAUGCUUUCAGAACAGAUUGAAAAAGUGCACUUUACUGUAAGACAAAGUUCCUAUCUGAUUGGCUGAAUUUCAGAGGAGGAGGCGGAGCUUGUAAAAUCAUUGGUCUGCGGAACAAUAGGUUUUUCAGAUGUUGCUCAGAGACGCAGCAUUGCAUGGAAUCAUUGUGUACAGCAACAAAACAAGUGAAACUUCAUACGAACUAAAGCCGUCCAUCCAGAGACCGUUUCGAAUCAGAGUUUUGUAAAACUGUGACUAUUUGUCAUCAUGUUGAAAGUCCUCAACAAGGACAUGUUGUUGUCCAUUGCUGCGAAGUUCACUGCACAAAGUUCACAAUGUACGAAGACGUGGACUUUAUUUUUCGAGACUGCCUGAACUGACGCUGCUGAAGAUCAAUAUGUAAUUUCACGGUCGCGCAUACACUUGUACGUUUUUCUUCCAGUUUCAUUCUCAACUUACGAGUAGUUUCCUUAAUGUCGUUUGUGUAUUUUGUGUAAAGAUCACAAGAUUAGGAGACUUGAGUUACACCAUUAUUUGUCCAAACUACUAGCUGCUGUUUUUGUUUAUAAGAAUAGUUCACCCAAAAAUAAACAUUCUAUCAUGGUUUACUCACCCUCAUGUCGUUCCAAACCUGUAUGAUUUUCUUUCUUCAGUGGAACAGAAAAGACGGACUGCAAAGCUCCAAAAAGGACACUAUUCUUUCAUUGGAUGGAAAAAUUCAGCUUGGACAUUUUGUGACUCUUGAGGAUGAGUAAAUAAUGAACUUACUUUUUGGUGAUCUUUGGGUAACUCAUGUAGAUAAUAAAUAGAAAUUUGGAUUAGAAUAUGUCCAUCUUCAUUUAAACAUGUCAUUAACUGGUUGUCACUUUUUUUUAACCACCACAUUUUGUGAUUUGUUUUCUGUUUUUGUUGUGUGCUUUUUGACUUUGGGGAAAACGUAUCUUGUGCAACAUGCUGCUCUUUAUUUGGCAACUCUUAUUUGGUCGAUUUAAAGUGUCCCAUGAUUUAAAAGAGUUGUUUAAGGUUUUGAUUUACUGGUAACACUUUACAAUAAGGUUACAUUUGUUAACAUUAGUUAACAUGAACUAACAAUGACUAAUACGGUUCAGUCUCGGUUGAUGUUCAUUUCAACAUAUAAUAAUACAUUUUUAAAAUGAAAAGUUAUAUAUGUUAACACUUAAUGCUUUGUGAACUAACAUGAUUGCACAAUAGUUUAUUAUAUAAUUUAGCAUUAAUUAUUCAUAAAUGCUGUUAAAACUACUAGUUAGUUCAAGAUACCUCAUGCAUUUACUAAUGUUUAUGAUCAGAACCUUGUUCUAAAGUGGUACUUAACAGAAUUUCUAGAUGUUUUAGGUUAAAAGUGUCCUUUUCCUUUUCAUAUAUGUGCUUCAGCAAUGCUUUUGUGCUAGACAACAAAACAAGUGGAAUGAUGUAAAGAUGAAUGAAUUAUAUUUUUCUAUUUAAAGUCAUAUUUUAACCUGUCGGUGAGAACUUGAGAAUGUUGCUUCAGCUUUUAUUUUAUGCCUCGUUCUCCAUCAUCACUCAGUCACUGAAGGUCUGUACACUCCUGUCUUAAACUCUUAAAGAUCGGGUCACAUUGAAUCAGAGACUCAUUUUUGGGCUGAUUGGCAGCAACAGAUGACACAAUAAAGAUGUGAAAUUGCAUGGUCUCAUUUGACUUAUUUUUUGUAUGGGAAAAUCUUCAAUUAAAAUAAUAGUUAACCCAUAAAUGAAAAUUUUGACAAUAUUUACUCGCAUGUCAUUCCAAAUAUGUUUUUUUUAAAGAAUCUUUUUCCUCACGCAAAGCUAUCGUAUGGCAUCAGAAGACCUGGAAUAUAGUGCACAAGUUGUAUGGACUACUCUUACUUUAGGGGGCUGAACUGUGAGAAGAUUGUUUAAAGAAUUUAAUUUUGUGUUUCACAGAAAAUUAACAGCAUGUGGGUUUGGAACAACAUGAGGUGAGUAAAUAAUGACAAAAUGUGUCGAUUUAUUCCCAACAAUCUAAAAUUUAUUUAAUUCAAUAAAGAAUGAUUUUAAAAGUGCACUAAGUAAUAUUUGUUUUUGUGUCAUCUUGGACUUACACUGACACCUAGUGGUUUGGAUGCAGCAUCAUUGAAAAUCAAUGGUUUUCAGUUUCAGAUGUCAUUGUAGAAAUGUAGUAUUCACAGUCAGUCAUGAUUACUGUAAUCAAUGA